ACAACUCCGACGGAAUUGAAUUCCAUCCAUUCGUCAACCAAACAUCCCAUGUAAUGGAAUCUUGAAUUCCGAUUCCAUUGGAUCCCACAAACCAAACUCGCCCUUAAUCGGACUAAGAGUCUAAAACCCAGAAUUGGGGCAGGUGUAUUUUGGUCUUUUAGUAUUCUGAAUCAUUGUUGCUUUUAUAUAUAUAUAUAGGUUAGUCGUGUCCUUGGCACCUACAGCAUAAAUAUCUUGAGGAUGGAAAUGGAGUGUGGUGCAUGGAUAAAGAUUGAAGCAGGUGCCCCUCCAGGUGGUUCGGAGCAGGAGAAAUUAAUCAACGUAUUUGGUCCACGUGAGAAUGUCAUGAAAGCCAUCAAAUUAAUUCGUGCAAUAACCUAUGAGCCCACGGAAGCUUCUGCAGCACAAGAAGAAUUGUGGCGGGAGUUUAACGAGCCUUGUUGGCGUGAGUAUUUUGAACGUAAUGAAUUAGCUGAAGAAGCCCAGCCCCAGGUUGAGGAAUAUUCCGGUGCACCGGAGAGGCAGGCUGAGGAAGGUGGUUCCGGUCAUAUAUCAGAAAGAGCUACCCAAGAGAGUGAAUAUUCAUCAGAAAAAAAGGAAAAGCGGCAAACUAGUACUUUUCUACGAAUGAAACCAGAGGGAUCUAAAUCGAAAGAGACAGUAGAAGGAGAGUUUAAAAUACCAAAAUGGAGUCAAACUUUUGGACAUAUCAAACCUGUUCAUGAUGAAUCGAAAAUAUUAGGGAAGGAGGAAGGUGGUUCCGGUGUAACAGAAAAAGAGCAUGUCGAUGAACCUGAAUCUGAAAGUGAAAAAGGAGAAGCCAAGCUUAAGGAAUAUUCCGGUGAACUGGAAAAAGGGAAGCAGGCUGAGGAAGGUGGUAUCAUUGAGCCGAAAAUAGAAAAGAAUGAGCAUGAUGUUAAAGAAGCAGAAGCUGAAUCAUUAAAAAAGAAGUCAAAAAAACUUAUUAUACGACUUAAGAAAUCUGGUGGUGGCGAGGGAUCUAAACAAACACAAACAAAAGAAGGGAAGGAUAAGGAAUCCGGUGAAGGGAAGCAGGCUGAGGAAGGUGGGCCCAUUGUAAUAGAAAAAGAAAAGCAGCCGGAGCAUGUGCGUGAAGAAGCUCAUGAUUCUGCAAAAACUGAAGAUGACAAAGAAGGUGAUUAUAGAUCAAAGGAGAAGAGACAGGUUGAGGAUGUUGAGCAAGCAAAAUCCGAAAAGGAAAAAGGAGGCAAAUUGAAAAUGGAGCAAAAGGCAAAGGCAGCAGCAAGAGACAAAUAUCCGAAAGCCAAAAUUGAAGAACCAAAUCUGCGGUUACCCAAAGCGUUGCUGAAGCCUGAUAGUGAUUCCACAGCCGAUGAUCUCACCUAUAUGAAAAUUUUUGAAGAUGAUGCACGGAGAGCUCAGCAUCUUGCUGAGGCAAUUGCUGGAGGGGCGAAACUUGAUAGGAAAGUGUAUCGCAUUCGUAAUAAAGAACUAGUCAAAUUCAUUGGGAAAGAUUUUGAAGGGAUGAGUGAAGUUCAUAAAGCCUCAAAAGCCACAAUUGGGAUCUUAGCUGAUUCUGAAUCCAAUCUUCAUAGUCAUUCAUAUAUUGAUUUGGUGGGUACUGUUGAAGAAGUUAAUUCUGCUGAAGGACUCAUCUUAGAUAACAUACUAAAGACAUAUAGUACAUUGGCUUAUCCAGUAAUUCUGAUGCCGCCAACCAUUUAUGGGGACCACAUCAUCAUUCCUGUCAACAAGGUUAUUGGUGUCCUUGGGAGCUUCGGCACUAAUAUCUUGAGGAUGGAAAUGGAGUCUGGUGCAUGGAUAAAGAUUGAAGCUGGUGCCCCUCCUGGUGGUUCAGAACGGGAGAGAUUGAUCAAUGUAUUUGGUCCACGUGAGAAUGUCAGCAAGGCCAUCAAAUUAAUUCGGGCAGUAACCUACGAGCCCACGGAAGGUUCUGCAGCACAAGAGGAAUUGUGGCGGGAGUUUAAUGAGCCUUGUUGGCGUGAGUUUUUUGAACGCAAUGAAUUAGCUGAAGAAGCCGCCAUGCAACAGGUUGCCGGGGAAUCAGAAAAGCAAAAGCAGCAGCAGCCGGUUUUGUCUGAUCAUCAUAGUAAGAACAAAUCUGGUGAUGAUGGGGAAUCAGAAAAGACCAAGUCAAAAAAACCUCUUUCGGCGCAACAUCAACAUGGAUUGAGUCAAACUUUUCUAAGAAGGAAAUCUCUAUCAGAGGGUUCUAAAAGAACUUCUCUAUCAGCUGGUGAAGAACCUAGUUUGAGUCAAACUUUUGGACGCUUAAAAAUUGGUGGUGGUAAAUCCGGUGAUCAAUUGGAAAAAGGGAAGAAGCAGCAGGCUGAGGAAGGUGGUUCAAAUUCAAAUGUAAAAGAAAAAGAGCAUCAUGCUAAAGAAGAAGCUGAAGGUGAUGAACCAAAAGAGAAAAGUGACAAGGAUGUUUCUGCAAAGAAUAAGGAAUAGGAAUCUCAAGGGUCAGCAGAGUGAACAUUGUGUGCCC